CAGAAGGAAAGAUGAAAUAUCAGAAAGACUAUAAUAAGGAAUCAAUUAAGAAGCUAGAAGAGAAGGUGAUGGAGAAUAAGAAAAAGUAUGAGGAAUUUUGUAUGACAUCUACUGCAGAGAUGGCCAUUGUGCCUGUUGAGGAAGUAAUCAUUUUGAAAAAUUUACUUCAGAAAGAGACUCUUAUCAGAAAUGCUACCGAAGGGGAGCUAAAUCGUCUGAAAACUCAAAUGAAAGAACUGAAAGAUCGGGAGGUAUGUUUUUUUGCCCUUUGUACUUUUCACUUUGCAUAUGUGCCUUUUUAUGCAUCAAGAGAAUCACAUAUCUUAAAACUUCGUAAGAUGUUGGAAGAUGAGGCACAGCAGAAGGAGAAUCUCAAAAGAGAAAUAACCAGAUUGCAAAGUCAACUGCUGCAAUUAGGUUUUAAUGUUGGAAAAAAAACACAAAAAAUUCGUCGAGUUCGAUCUGAGAAAGUUGCUGGUGGUUUAGAUUAUUCUCCCUCUUUCCUGGUUAAACAUCAACAGCAAGCUUCAGGAAAUGGAGAGGAGGCCUCAGCUGCCAAGCUCUUUGAACAAGGUGGAUUGCUGAAGAUUCUGUCGUUUCUUGAACCAGAAGAUGCUGAUGCACAAAUCCAUGCCGUGAAAAUAAUAGCUAAUUUAGCUUGUGAAGAAAGAAACCAGAAGAAGAUUGUAGAAGUAGGUGGACUUACGCCCUUGCUUUCACUCCUUAAGAACUCAAAAGAUGAAGCCACACAUAGAGUUGCAGCAAGCGCCAUUGCCAAUUUGGCAAUGAAUGAAACCAACCAAGAUCUCAUUGCCGCUCAAGGAGGCAUUAAUUUACUGUCAAUGGUAGCAGCCAAUGCUGAAGAUCCUCAGACCCUUCGAAUGGUUGCUGGAGCAUUUGCUAAUCUUUUUGGAAAUGGUAAACUUUUGAUAUUAUCUCAUUUUUAA